CCCGGGUCCUGAGCUCGUGGGUGUGACGGCGCGCGAGCUCCUCUUGCCUUCUCUUUCCUCGGCGAUGGACCAGCCCUGUGAGUCGCCCGCGAACAAAGGUGGAGAGACAGGAGAGUCAAAUGAGGCUUCCUCUGCUCCCCUGGGUCCCGGGACCACCCACACGGCCGGAAUCCCGGAGGAAAGUGACAGGGACGGGGUUGCGGACUUGAAAGAGACCGUGGCAGAGGAAGGCGAGCUCAAGAAUCGGGACGUCUCAGAUGUAACAGCAUCCGAAAGGGAAGACACCGCAUUACUUACUCCUGCGGCCAAAAAACUGAAAAUCGAUCCCAAAGAAAAGAAAGAAAAGAAGCAGAAAGUGGAUGAAGACGAGAUUCAGAAGAUGCAAAUCCUGGUUUCUUCUUUUUCUGAGGAGCAGCUGAAUCGUUACGAGAUGUAUCGCCGGUCAGCUUUCCCCAAGGCAGCCAUUAAAAGGCUGAUCCAGUCCAUCACUGGCACCUCGGUAUCUCAGAACGUGGUCAUUGCUAUGUCAGGCAUCUCCAAGGUCUUCGUGGGAGAGGUGGUCGAAGAAGCACUGGACGUGUGUGAGAAGUGGGGAGAAAUGCCACCACUCCAACCCAAGCACAUGAGAGAGGCUGUUCGGAGGCUAAAGUCGAAGGGGCAGAUCCCCAACUCGAAGCACAAAAAAAUCAUCUUCUUCUAGGCCAAAGCCGCCCACAAUGGUGCUUCAGGUUCCAGCCAGGAUUGCAAUGCCGUCCUCAGAACGGAUGUCAGGCCGAGAAGCUGGCCAGUCGGCAGAAGAAAGGUGCAAGGACGUCGUUGAGCAUUCUCUGAUGCAGCAGCUGCUUUCCGAAAGGCGAGUGGUCUCACAUGGAGCCUGAAGUUGCUCGGACUGACACUGUUUCUUACAUGUGGGGUUCCGUGAUGAAAGCCCCAGGAACUUCCAACUUGUGAUACUCUACCAUGAUACCUAGUGAGAACAGGCAUCCUUGCCAACGUUUGAUUCUCCAGGGGAUUCUGGUGAGGGAUCAUUAAACUAUUUUCUGGUUGUAAUAGGGAGAUAUAGGGUGUCAAUGUAAAACUGGUCCUGUUUUUGUGAAAAAGCCCUACCCAUUUUCUACUUAAAUCAUUAAAAUUCUCUCCAAAAACAAAACAAAAACCCAUGUAUUCCUCUAAACAUACACCACAACCGAUAUUAUUUAUUCACAACCAAUAUUAUUUAAUGUUUAAUUUUUUCCCCCGGAUGGUUCAUAGAACCAGUACACUCAAGGUUUGAUCAGAAAUCACAACAUUAAAAUUUCCCAAUACUGA